AUGGAGGUCGAGACAUCCUUGUGGUAUUUGUUAGCUCUUAUUCCACUCUUGUACGCCACCAUUCGUUUCUUGAGAGCUCGCCGGCGUGGCUCUGCCAGUGCCAGCCAUGGUCGUCCGCGGCUACCUCCAGGCCCAUGGCAUCUUCCCGUCAUCGGCAGCCUCCACCACCUCAUUGGCGCCCUCCCGCACCGCGCCCUAAGGGAUCUCUCCCGGCGCCAUGGGCCUCUCAUGCUCCUCCGGCUGGGCGAGGUCCCGCUCAUGGUGGCAUCCAGCGCGGAAGCCGCCAGGGAGGUGAUGAAGACGCAGGACCAGGUGCUGUGCACGCGGCCGCUCACCUCCUGCGCCGAGGUCCUCAACCAGCGCGGCCACGGGAUCACGUUCGCGCCGCACGGCGACCGGUGGCGGCAGCUCCGUAAGGCCUGCGUCCACGCGCUGCUCAACGCCAAGUGCGUCCGCUCCUUCCGACGCAUCCGCGAGGAGGCGACGGCCCGGUUCAUCCGUUCCAUCGCAUCGUCGUCGUUCGAGUCGCAGGAGGCCAUGAAUCUGAGCAGGAUGAUCGCCGAGUACGGGGCGGACACGACGGUGCACUCCGUCAUGGGCGCCCGGUUCAAGGAGCAGGACGCACUGCUCCACUACGUGGACGAGGCGGUACGGGUCGUCGGAUGUCUCACCGUGUCCGACCUGUUCCCCUCCUGGCGGCUGCUGCGGGUCCUGAGCGGCACGCUGCGCCGGGCGGCGGCCUUCCGGGACUCCUCGCUGGCGUUCAUGGAGCGCUUCAUAGUCGAGCAUCUCGAGAGGAGAGCGUCGUUGCACCUGCCGAUGCCGGAGGAAGACGAUGUGAUCCAGGUGCUCCUCAGUAUCCAACGACAAGGCAACCUCCAAUUCCCCAUCUCCAUGGACAACGUCAAAGCAGUGUUAUUUGAUAUUCUUGGGGGAGGGAGCGAAGCGCCCGCAACGAUGCUACAAUGGGUCAUGGCGGAGCUGAUGCAAAACCCUAGCGUCAUGUCAAGGGCGCAAGCCGAGGUCCGCCAUGCCUUCAUGGGGAAGAGGGAGGUGACCGAGGAGGGCCUAGGCGAGCUGAGCUACUUGCAAUGUGUCAUCAAGGAGACCUUGCGGCUGCACUCAAUUGGGCCGCUACUGCUGCCGAGGGAGUGCCAGGAACCAUGUACCAUACUCGGCUACGACGUGCCCAGAGGCACCGUUGUUAUCGUCAACAACUGGGCUAUCUCCAGAGACCCGAAGUACUGGGAUCAACCGGAGACCUUCAUCCCGGACAGGUUCAUGGGUAGCGCCACGAACUACAAAGGCACCAACUUUGAGUUCACGCCCUUCGGUGCAGGACGCCGGAUUUGCCCUGGGAUGCUGUUCGGACUCGCCAACGUUGAGCUGGGUCUCGCGAGCCUUCUGUUUUAUUUCGAUUGGGAGCUCCCAGAUGGCUUCCUUCCGGGCGCUCUCGACAUGACAGAGGCCAUGGGAAUCACUGCUAGGAGGAAGGAGGAUCUGUUCCUGCAUGCCACUCUCCGCGUCCCGCUGCCAUGUUGA